AUGACCUCCGGGGCCACGGAGGAGGCCGUGCAGGCCUGCCCGGCGGCAGGGGAGGGAGGAGGGGCAGGUCUGACCCGGCCCGGAGCCCCUCACAGACCCGGCCAUCCGCCCACAGGGCCCGGCCUGCCGGCCGCUCCUCCAACCCGGCUCCCAGGAGACCGAGAGGAGCCCCCAAUCCCAAGCUUCCCUCGGAGGCUGCGGCGCCUGUCAGGAUGCCCGUGGCGGAGCUGGCAGUCUGGGAAGAGUGCGCUGCACCUGCAGAAGCCAGGGGAGGAGGAGGAGGAGCGGGUGGAAAUGGGAAUUCGGAAACACAGACCUUAUGUCUGCUCCCUGCCCGUGUCCGAGCUCAUUACCGUGGAGGAAACGGACGCCCACGGGAAACACUCCGGCAGCGGCCGCUGGCAGAAAAUGGAGAAGCCCUACGCGUUCACAGUGCACUGCGUGAAGAGGGCGCGACAUCACCGCUGGAAGUGGGCGCAGGUGACCUUUUGGAGCACCGAGGAGCAGCUGUGCCAGCUGUGGCUGCAGACCCUCCGAGAGCUGCUGCAGAGGCUGACCUCGAGACCUAAGCACUUACUGGUGUUCAUCAACCCCUUUGGGGGCAAAGGCCACGGCAAGCGGAUCUACGAGAGGAAGGUGGCGCCACUCUUCACACUGGCCUCCAUCACCACCGACAUCAUCAUUACUGAACACCCCAAUCAAGCCAAGGAGACUCUGUACGAGAUGGACGUGGAUGCCUAUGACGGUAUCGUCUGCGUGGGCGGUGACGGGAUGUUCAGCGAGGUGCUGCACGGUCUGAUCGGGAGGACGCAGAAGAGCGCCGGCGUGGACCAGAACCACCCCCGGGCCGCGCUGGUCCCCAGCCCCCUCCGCAUUGGCAUCAUCCCCGCAGGCUCCACAGACUGCGUGUGCUACUCCACCGUGGGCACCAUCGACGCCGAGACUUCAGCCCUGCACAUUAUUGUAGGAGACUCGCUGGCCAUGGACGUGUCCUCUGUGCACCACGGCAGCACGCUGCUGCGGUACUCCGUGUCCCUGCUGGGCUACGGGUUCUACGGGGACCUGAUCAAGGACAGCGAGAAGAAGCGGUGGAUGGGGCUCGUCAGAUAUGACUUCUCAGGCGUGAAGACGUUCCUCUCCCAUCACUACUACGAAGGGACCGUGUCUUUCCUCCCGGCCCAGCACACCGUGGGCUCUCCCCGGGACAGGAAGGCCUGCCACGCGGGAUGUUUUGUGUGCAGGCAGAGCAAGCAGCAGCUCGAGGAAGAGCAGAAGAAAGCCUUGUAUGGCUUAGAAAAUGCUGAGGAGGUAGAGGAGUGGCAGGUCGUCUGCGGGAAGUUUCUGGCCAUCAAUGCCACAAACAUGUCCUGUGCUUGUCCCCGGAGCCCUCGGGGCCUCUCCCCAGCCGCCCACCUGGGAGAUGGGUCUUCCGACCUCAUCCUCAUCCGGAAGUGCUCCAGAUUCAACUUCCUGAGGUUCCUCGUCAGGCACACCAACCAGUGUGACCAGUUUGACUUCACUUUUGUGGAGGUGUAUCGCGUCAAGAGGUUCCAGUUCACGUCGAAGGCCCUGGAGGACGGAGCCCACGGCCUUGGGGGGCCGGGGAAGCAGCGCUUCGGGCCUCUCUGCAGCGACAGCCCCAGCUGCUGCUGCGCGGCGGCCCGCGGCGCCUGGAACUGUGACGGGGAGCUGCUGCACACCCCCGCCCUCGAGGUCAGGGUCCACUGCCAGCUGGUUCGCCUCUUUGCUCGAGGAAUCGAGGAGACUCCUAAGCAAGAGUCACCGAGCUGAGGAGCCGCUCCCUGCCGCCCGGGAAGCUCAAAAAUCAAGAAAGGACCACAGCUCAAUUAUGUUCAGACAGACAUUGACAUUUAGAAGUUUAUUUUUGAUAGUUAAAUCUUGAUUUUAGAAAAAAAAUGCCUUUGUCAACAAUCGUAAGUAGAUACCUGGCAUUCUGAGUUCUAGGAAAUCUGCGUCCCGGCAGGCAGUCCCGCCGGCUUUGCGCAUCUUCCGACGCCAGCAGUGAAGAUUCCCAAGCAGCCCACGCGAGCCGCUAUUGCAAUAAUUCCGGGACUUGGCAGGAACUGGGCUGCGGCGUGUGGACACGGGUGUCCACCGGCCACUUCGCAGUGAUGUUUUCUGGAGCUGUUUGCAGCCAGGCUUUGGAAGCAGAUGUUGAUCUCCGCCUUCGCUGGACGCUCUUGCCGUCAGGAGGUCACUCCGAUAUCCUUCUGUGUGGCGUGCGCAGACAGCAGCACAGCGCUCCAGAGCAUGUCCUCAUGCCGAGUGUGCUGGAAAUGGGCCACGUGGCCGUUAGGAACCAGCGAGCAGCUGGCACCCCGGCCGAGGGCCAUGCUGAGGCUCUGUGCUUGCUCCCAACCCCAGCUCCAGCAGCGGGUGACAGGGUCUUCCCACCUCCGGCUGGGUUACUUUGGUGCACGUCUUGAGUCGUCUUGGACCAUAUUUGUUCUUCUCUUCAUCCUGGGUUCUACAUAUUUAUUGGAAGCUCUUUCCUGUCAAUCAGAGGAGUGUGGGCGGGCGGUGUCCUGGCUGUUUGUUUUGUCUCUAGCAGAAGGGAUGGUAGCUUCCGGUCUUGGCCCUGAGGCUAGAGACCAGGACUUCUGCUGGGCCCCGCACCCUUGUUUCCAGCCCAGUGUAUAUGGUAAGAUUUACGUCAAUUAGUCUCUGUGAAGUACAAGAAUGUGCAGCUGAAACUUGAUUUGCAAGGAGGCGCUGUUACAGGUGUGCUGAACGUGGGCCC